GUGACGAGGCUGUUCAGAUGAACUUCACAGACUUCACACACGGCCAAAACGAAAGCAAACGCACGAGCCCCACGGACAUGGAUCUUUUUGAUGGCCCUCUUUAAGAGAUGGAAAUUACAUGACUUCUAAAUAGAUGCCACUUUUAUGGUGCACCGGUCUAAUGGACAUAACUCUAAAACAUGACUAUGACUUCACUGUCUGAAAGUUUGGAGGCUUCAGAUCCCUCAAAGUCGGCUUUUCUGGAGUUCAGUCACGGUUACCAGUCUCACCAGCAGCAUUCACCCGGUGUGUCUCACGCGCACUAUCCGGUGCACGGUUUGCAUCAAGGCGCGCAUUCGCAAUACGACGCGGCCUUCUCCCCUGGCGCUGCGUCCUACAGCCGUCCACUCGCUUACCACUAUUCCACCGCACACCACCAUCCAGGAGCUUACCUACCCUAUCAACACAACAGCGCAGUCGGAUAUUCAAGAGUAGAGGAUGCAGAUUCCGAGAAGCAAAGUUCCAUCGAAAGUGGAGAAAUACGGCUGAACGGCAAGGGGAAGAAGAUUCGCAAACCGCGCACGAUUUACUCGAGCUUACAGCUGCAGGCGCUCAACCAGCGCUUCCAGCAAACCCAGUACCUCGCGCUGCCCGAACGCGCUGAUCUGGCGGCCAAACUGGGUCUGACACAAACGCAGGUCAAGAUAUGGUUCCAGAACAAGCGUUCCAAGUACAAAAAGAUCAUGAAACAUGGCUCAAGUGGACCUGAAGGAGAACACCUUCAAGCAGCGUCUGCUUCGGGAGCCCCGUGUUCACCAGGCAUGCCACCCCUAUGGGAUGUUUCCAUGCCCAGCAAAGGUGCUCCAAUCCACUCUGGAGGAUAUAUGAACUCUUUCGGACACUGGUACCCGGGUCAUCAUCAAGACCCAAUGGCCAGAACUCAGAUGAUGUGAUGGGACGUUUAGGACAAUCUACAGUGUUUCCACGUCCCAUCUACUGAUUCCAGCAGUUCACACAAGCCCUCUUUAGCACUGCGUACUCCGCCAAACAUCCUCCCCAGUAUUUUCCUCAUAAAGAUUUACAUUGCUGACAUUUUGGUUUAUUUGCUUGCAGGUUUUUGUGGUGGAUUUUUUUUUUAAAGACUGAAUAGACAGCCUAACCUGAACUUGGAUUUUUGUAUGUUCUUGUAAAUUUGAAUAAAAUGCCUUUGUCUGAUUGUCA